AUGGCCACUUUGCUUGAAAUCAUAUUUCUCGGUACCGGAACCUCCGGAGGUGUUCCCAAUGUCAGUUGCUUGACGGAUCCCGCCCAAUCCUGUCAUGUGUGCCUCUCGGCCGUCACCGAUCAAAGCCGAAAAAAUAUGCGCAAGAACACUUCCCUCAUCGUCCGAUUCCGAGCCCCGGAUGAUCAGCCCGGUGCGCGUCCAAGAAAUAUUCUAAUUGACUGCGGCAAGACAUUUUAUGAAAGCGCAAUACAAUUGUUUCCCCGAUACGGCAUACGUGAAUUGGAUGCUGUUAUUCUGACACACGGACACGCUGAUGCAUGUUACGGCUUGGAUGAUUUGCGGCAGUGGACGCUCAACGGGGCUAUCCAGAACCGGAUCGACAUUUACUUGGCUUCCGAAACAAUGAACACUGUGCAAACCACCUUUCCCUUUCUAGUCGAUGCCAUUAAUGCUACAGGCGGUGGCGAUGUUGCCACCUUCAAAUACCACAUUUUUGAGGACAAUGCACCUUUUAGUAUCUACGGCCUAGACUUCAUGCCGUUGCCAGUUCAUCACGGUAUUUAUUUCACGACAUCUAAACCAUAUUAUUGCUACGGUUUCAACUUUGCCGGUGUCAGUUACAUUUCCGAUACCAAUCGCAUCCCUCAAGACACCAAAACACGGAUGCAAGGGAAAACCGACAUUUUUAUUAUCGAUUGUCUGCGUGGUAAGAUGACCAGAAAAGAAAGGAAUCAGACUGUUACCAUGGCUGCUUGCUAA